AUGGAUGACGCAGAACUUAAUGCCAUUCGUGCCGCUCGUUUGGCCGAACUCCAAAAAUCAACCUCUUCUUCGGCUCCCUCGCCCCAGGAAGAACGGACAGGAACACUUCUUUCACAGCUCUUGGAGCCUAGCGCCAGAGAAAGACUCGCUAGGGUUCGUAUUGUGAGACCUGAUCGUGCAGAGCAGGUGGAACAGUAUUUGAUCAAGAUGGCCAGUAGUGGAGCGCUCAACCGCAAAGUUGGCGAGAAGGAUAUUGUUGAGAUUCUUGAUUCAUUGUCGCGCGACGAGAAAAAGCAGACGAAGAUUGUGUUUGAGCGUAGAGGAGCGGAAGACGACGACGAGGACGACUUCUUUGAUUAG